AUAUCUUGCGAUAUGAAGAUGAGCUUGGUAGCCGUGGUUGCCUGCCUGCUUAUAUUGACGUCAGCUCACGUCUACAGCACAGGUUUAAGACAUCGCGGCGUUUAUCUCACCGUGUCUUCGUACGAGGGAGCACGCAGGAAGCCCGGUCACUUCGAGGUCAACUGGUACGGCGUGGACGUGGACCACCUCAACAGGACGUUUGUCGCUCUGCUGUCGGAAGCGCCGAACUCUCACAAGUGGAAGAACGCGCAGCUGUACCCUGUUAAACAAAGCGCCGGGCGAAUGACGACUCCCGUCAAGUUUCCGAAGAACAGCACAGAACUCGCGAUGAGCGGAAAUUGCCUGGACUACUGGGCCGUCCUACUACAAGUCGACGAGGUCACAGGCAAUAACGACGCCGUGGUCGUAGAUUCUUCGUGCCUUCGCGGUUAUCCCAGGUGGAUGCGCGAGAACUGCUGCCACUUUGCCAAUCUCAAACUGGACGAGCUUUUCGUGCCGGGGACGCACGACUCCGCAAUGUACGGCUUGAAGCGAGACUGGCCCGUCGGGGACUUCAUCUUCACCCAGGACCAAACGAUCGCCCACCAGCUCGCCUUCGGAGUCAGGUCUUUAGACUUGAGAGUCGGGUUCAUUGACGGGGCAUUCUGGAUAUUUCACGACAAGUUCAAGGCUCAGGUCUCGGUGGAGACGGUGCUGAGGCAGGUCAGAACUUUCGUGGAAACGACUGGAGAAGUCGUGGUGCUUGAUUUCCACAGGUUCACUCUGGGUUUCGACCGCUACGCGGACCCCGUUGAGGAACGUCACCGAAUGCUCGUCCAUCUGAUAAUAAACACCCUCCAGGGAGUGGUGGCACACAGGCGACUGUUCAACGGCACCCUCGAAGACUUGUUCGGUGGUUGCGGUAGGCGGGCGACGCGGCAUAGGCCGACGGUGUUCCUCAUGUACAACUACGACUACGUGGGUCCCCACUCCGAGUACCUGUGUCCGGGAGUGGUUCAGAACUGGGCGGACGCGCAAGACCUCGACUAUCUCGUUGAGUACCUGGAGAAGAACGCCUGCAAGAAGUUUCCCGGUACCCUAUCCUCGGCCCAAGCCGAGCUGACAGUCAAGUUUCCCUCCCAGGUGGACGCGAUACGCGAGCUGGCGGAGAUUGUGAAUUUCAACGUGACUAACUUGUUCAGGGAGCACUUUUGGAACUGCACGAACAUCGUGACGAACGAUUACUUCCUGGGCAGCGGCACUGUUGAACUGGCCAUUGAAGCUAACAGGUACAGGGGAAAGUUAAAGGGAGGACUGAGGAGAUGCGAAAGCGGGUUCCUGCGAGGAUCGUUGACAAAUACGUUGUGAUUAGAGACGGAAUUCGCCAAACGCUAAGUGACGAGCGUGGUGCGCUCAUGCUGUGGGAAAACGCUAGUGUGUGUUAUUGUGCAGUGUGGAAGCAACAAAAGAAC